AUGCGCAGCGCGCUGCUCGAACGCCUCAGGCUCAAAUCAGGUAUCAAGAUCCCAAUGAUUUUGCUGAUCGUUUCCAUGGUGGCGCAACUCAAUGCGCAGCGCGCUGCUCGAACGCCUCAGGCUCAAAUCAGGUAUCAAGAUCCCAAUGGUCUAAAGGUGGACUGGAAGCUGUUCUCUCCACAAACGCAGUUGCGUUCUCAACUCAGCGGAUCACAUCCCCAAAGUCAGCGCGCUGUCCAGCAACAGCAACAGCAACAGCAACAGUACUUGCACCAGCAACAGCAACAGCAACAGCAGACACAGCCUCAACAGUCUCAGUUGGUACAGUACGAGUCCGACCAAGUGCACCGAUAUUUGCAGCCCCAAACGCCAGACCCCGGUCAAGUGCAGUACAAGUACGUGCAGCCUCAGACCCCAGCACCCGACCAGCAGCAGUACAGCCAGUACAUCCAAACGCAAGUGCAGUCAGAGGCUCCCGACCCCCAAUACACGUAUCCGCAGCAUCAAGUGUCCGAAGAACAACCAGAGCAGAAUCAGAUACAGUAUAAACCGUACUCGAACGUGCCGUCACACGCGAAGCAAGUGAUUCUAGAAAAUUACAAGCCGCGUCCUUAUGCGGAGCAGUCUGCCUCUCACUACUCGUCGAACGUGGUAGCCCCUCAACAAUUAGCAAACGGAGAACUGCCUCAGUACGAAACCUACGAGCAGAUAGAGCAACAAAAGUCUCGUAGAGAUUACGCGGAUAAUGGGUAUCGAGGCAAGAUUGUCUACAGAGACGAAUACGAGCAGCAACAGCAGCAGUAUGCACAGCAGGUGGACCAUGUGAAUGUGCCCAUAGAGAACCUUCCUGUUCCACCUCCGCAGAAGCUGGUUUUCCAGAAGGACAUGCCUAAGGAGAUACAGCAGUUGUUGCAGUUCCAGGCUGAGUUACCUUAUAACGUGAUCGCGAAUUCGAUUAGCAAUAAACCGAAGACCGUUUUCGUGCCCAAACCACUGCCGUCGGAGUCCAAAGGACCGUACAGUUAUCGCAGCAAGAUUUAUUAUCUGAAUAAUAAUCGGUACGAACAGGAUUUUGAGAAUACUAAGCCUGUUCAGGAGGAACAGGGUCAUUGAGAGGUGGACUGAGAGGUUGUGGACUUUGCCGAGGUUGGAAAUGUUUGAGGAAGAUCGAA